GAAUUUCUCUGUGUAGCCUUGGGUAUCCUGAAACUCACCCUGUAGUCCAGUGUGGCCUCGAACUCACAGAGAUUUGCCUGCCUCUGUGUCCAGACUGCUCACCAUUCUGUUUGAAGGUUGCACUCUUUCUUACCCAUUCUUGGCCAUCUACACAAUUCCCAGGCAUAGGCAAGAAUGUCAUCUGUGACCGUACCGCCACGCCGCUGGACGCCUUCCGCAUGAUGUCAGCUGCCCACUACUACCCCAAGCUCAUGAGCAUCAUGGGCAACGUGCUGCGCUUCCUGCCAGCCUUCGUACGCAUGAAGCAGCUGAUUGAGGAGGGCUACGUGGGCGAGCUGCUGGUGUGCGAGGUUCAGGUGCACAGCGGUAGUUUGCUGGGCAAGAAGUACAACUGGAGCUGCGACGACCUGAUGGGUGGCGGUGGCCUGCACUCCGUGGGCACCUACAUCAUCGAUCUGCUUACCUUCCUCACGGGCCAGAAGGCUGUCAAAGUCCAUGGGUUGCUCAAGACCUUUGUCAAGCAGACAGACCACAUCAAGGGCAUCCGUCAGAUCACCAGCGAUGACUUCUGCACCUUUCAGAUGGUGCUGGAGGGUGGAGUGUGCUGCACCGUCACCCUGAACUUCAACGUGCCUGGAGAGUUCAAGCAGGACGUGACCGUGGUGGGCUCCGCUGGGCGGCUCCUGGCAGCGGGCACCGACCUCUAUGGACAGCGCAAUAGCGCCCCAGAGCAGGAGCUGCUGCUACAGGACACUACAUCAGUGAGCAACUCCCUGCUGCCCGAGAAGGCAUUCAGCGACAUCCCCUCACCCUAUCUGCGGGGCACCAUGAAGAUGAUGCAGGCAGUGCGCCAGGCCUUCCAGGAUCAAGAUGACCGGCGCACGUGGGACGGGCGGCCUCUUACCAUGGCUGCCACCUUCGACGACUGCCUGUAUGCUCUUUGCGUGGUAGACACCAUCAAGAGGUCCAGCCAGACCGGAGAGUGGCAGAACAUUGCCAUCAUGACCGAGGAGCCAGAGCUGAGCCCCGCCUACCUGAUCAGUGAGGCCAUGCGCAGAAGCAGGAUGUCCCUUUACUGUUAGCACUGGGACCUGGUGGACUUGACCUGCUGCAUGGGGCCAGUUAGGGGGAAUUGCACUGUGGCCGUGGGUGGGGAUUAUGGAAGGGACAGCAUGAAUGCACAGCACGUAAGGUGGGUCCCCAUCCCAAGUAGAGGGGCCCAAGUCAAAGGUAGGGGUGGUGGGCCGAUGUAAUAUUCAGAAGGGCGUGCCAUCCUAAUUGGGUAUCUGAUGAGAGGAAGAGAAUUUAACUAGCACCUUUGCAGUCCAUUACUGUGAGAAGCAAGGAGGGGCUGCCCCCUGCCCUACCUCAUCCAGCCACAGACCUUGGCCUUCUUUGCAAACCAAGGCUGUGUAUCAGAUGGCGAGCUCAGCCAGAGCCAGGCUCUCCGUCAGCGCCCCCCACUGGCGGGAGAGGCACACUUCAUCAAAUGCCUACAUGGGUUGUUUUUUUGGUUUUUGGGGUUGUUUUUGGUGGAGGGAGGUAGAGGUAGAGGUAGGUUGAGAAAAAGUUGUAAUUCCGGGAAGCCACUGUGUGUUUUACUUUAAGGAUCUGAAGGAAAAGUGCACCGCUCCCGAGGUCGCUCUAUCUUCGGGGAAGCGUUUUAGCUCUAUCUGGCUCAUUGCUGUGAGUGUGUGUGGUGCAGUGUUCGGACAGCAAAUGAGGCGGUAAGCUGUACCUCUGAGCUGACCAAGAUGACAGGCAAGCUGCAAUGAGCUACUUCAGAGCCCUCCUUCAGCACGGGGUGGGACCAGUGUGAGUGGCGACCCAGUAGUCCUGCCAAGAGGCUCUCCAGGCAGCGCAGAGAACGCUACAUGUGGCAUGGGCCUGACUGCAGCUGCCUGCCUGGGUGGGGCGCCUGCAACCCUGGGUGUGGUAAUAUGAGCGCCCCAAAAGAAUGGAACACGAGGCCAGCCCCAGAGUUGCUGGAAGCUCCAACUGCCAAGCUGAUGAAGGACAUUUAGGACUCUGAGUGAGCUUUGUGGGCUUAAACAGGAAGCCAGUGGCUUCAGCCCAUAUAGAGUCCCUUUCCCUUAAGACUCAAGGCUCUUCCUUUAGCCUUGGCUCUUGGGAUUCUGAUAGCUGGAAACUACUGGAUAGGUAUUAAAAACAAAAAGCCAACAGGGAACAUCAUUCUCAGUGUUUCUAAAAGGGAGAUUUAGAGCCUGGAGUGGGCUGUACAUAGGUGGAGAAGGCUCAAGUUGGGGGGGGGGGGAAACUAUCUUUUUCUUCCCCUCCUGGUCGCCUAGUCUUUUUAUCCUCCAUUUGAAACUAGAGAUGGCCAAGUACUGGUUCACAGAGACAAGGGCACAUAGAUAGACACACCUUUGUAAAUGUUUGCUGUCCUGAGUAUCACUAAAGCAUUUGAGUCUAAUCUGGAAAGAAUAGUCAAGUCACACACACUUUGAACAUGGGGAUGUUGUCUUUUUCUUGGCUGGCUUUGCUAAUCUUCACCAGGCCUGUGGCAGUUUUGAGGCUGGGUAGGUAGACUAGUGUCUAGUCCCUAUAAGUAGUCUGCCUAGAGUCAGUGUUCCUGAGGCCCCGGUAAUUCACAGAGACAGUCGUCAUACUGGAGGCCACAUGCCAGCAGAAUCAUGGUCAUUUUCUCGCACAAAGAGGCAGGUGUUGCCCUUUGAGGAACACCCCCCGCCCCAGCCCGUACCCCCUUAAUACAGCAUGGUAAAGUCAGUCAGCGAAACCGUCCACAGCUUGGGUUGCCACCCCUCAUGGCUAGUGGUCCAGGUUUCCAGUAGUCAGAUUGAAACCACACUCAGCACACAGCCGCCUCAUAGACAUUUUUGGAGUCCCUCCUCUCCGAGGCAGUAAUUCCCCCACCCCUGCUACCCUGAAAAGCUGUGACUAAGGAUGAAAUCAGGGGCAUGGUGGAUGGCUGUACGAAGUUCCUUUUUCCAAGUCAUUUACCUAAGUUAAUGUGCUGUGGAGUUCAACUUUUGGUUUCUCUGCUCUCUCCAGGAUAUUUGAGAGCUCUCCUACUAGAGGCCUCUGAACUCUGUGAUUAAACAUGCAGGGUGGAAACCAAAAACUCCCAUUUGAGGGCAGGGGAUGUAGAAAGAAUGAAUACGUAUUCUUUGAAAGAAGCAUGGGAGAGCAGUGAGUGUGCACACAGUAGAGGUACCAACAGGAGGGAGAGAGGGCCAGGCAGUUCUCUGAAUGUAAAAAUGGCAGGGCAUGGGGUUAGGGGCUUCUUUAGUGCUCCCUCAGCUCCUGCCUUUCCACGUGCAAAUUCUUGAUUGGCUACAGCAGUGUGAGGCUGAAAUCCCAAGCUCUCGACAACAUUCUGCAAAAUAACUUGGAUUGAAGUCCUGGCAAUAACCCAGCUUACAGAGGCGGUUAGGAGCCUUUCCAUUCAGUUUCCCCUUGCCUUGUGUGCUCCCACCAUUUUAUAUAUACUGCUGACGGUCUCUUCAAAAGUCCAGGUCUCCAGAGUUUAAAGCAGGUAUAUACAUAUAUAUAUAUAUAUAUAAAAUGUAUGUGUACGUACAUAUACAUAAACACACAUAUAUACACACAAGUGUUUGGGGAUGCCCUGCAAAGUUUGGAGUCUAGGACUCCUCUGUGUUCCCUGUCAGUUCCUCUAAGACUUUGUGUCUCUCAGUGGUAAAGUUGCAUCAUGGGGUUCCUUCAAAGCACAUCAGUAUUCCUGUGUCAGGUUGUGUCAGCAAGGUGUCACGUCACCCAGCUCACCCACCAAAUGAAGAGUAUGGUAGACCCAUCUUAUGAUCUAUAAAAAUAGCAUUGGGAACUGUCUCCUUUCCUCUAUGGAUAUGUGAGCAUAACGUGUCCAAAGCCACACCGUGAGUAUGCAAACCACUUUGUACUUGGUAAGGCCAGGAAAAGCAUUCCUCACGGAGCCCUCUAGGGGGCGUGCUCCCACUGUAAGGGGAGUGGCCUGAGAUCCUCCACAGCCUCCAGUUGAGCAGUUGACAGUUACAGCUGCAGAAAGGAGUAGCUAGUGUUUCCUCCCCUGCCCGAAUGAAAAUGUCACUUGGCUGCUUUUAAGAUGACUUUCCCAUGUCGAUGUUACUGUAAGUGACUCAGCAGCCCUCUGCCCUGGGGACUUUCUAAGCAUCGUUGGCUAUCAUGGGUGGCCUUGGACUUGGUUGUGGGGGCUAAGCUUAGCAUAGGAAGCUUUUCCCAGGAAGGGCUGCAGACUCUGGGGUGUAGCUGUGCACUGUACCAUCAGGCCCUUUCUCACUUCGCCUAGCUCACUUCUGCAGCUACAGAACGUGACCUGUGGGUUAUGAAUCAGGUUUCUGAUCCGUCCUACUUUUCCAGUGGGCGCUGGAGGAAAUCAGCUCCAUUGCUGGAGGAGAAAGUCAAUCCAAUGGCACAUGAAAGGACUUCAGGGUGUCAUCUGUCAAACACCCCAGGGAGGAACGCAAUGGCCACAGCCACUCACUUCUUUAGUGAUAGAUCUAGGGUUGGGGAGCCCAUUUUUCCUGAUUUGCAAUUUGUAACUGAUGUACCUUCAGGGCUACCACACAGGGAGGGGAGUCUCAUCCAGGUAAUUAAGUUGCCCAGUUGAUAAGCUCAGACCUACACCACACCGCACCGGACAGUAUUCACUGAACUGUGACAGGAAAACCCAUAUAUUUACAAGUGUGUUGUGUGUUAGGAAUAGAAGGCCGGGCUUUGUGCAUGUUAGGUAAGCUCUCUACCACUCAGCCACACCUCCAGCCUCAAUUAGGUCUUGAAAGUAUUCAGAAAACCCUGCGACUAUGACAAAGGGUUAUCUCUAAUUAUGCAUCUCUAUGGAGGCUAGGGGACAUGGAGUAAGGUGUUCACCCUGAGGAGGACCUGGGGCCCACUCUACUGUUGGCUGUUGUCCAACUGCUGGAUGGAAAUCGUCACUCUGACUAGCCUGUGACUCUUGCUUUGCCCACCAAACCCCAGGAGCUUGCAGGACAGGGUGGUGAUACUGGGGCACCUGUCAGACAAUCCUAUUGGUUUCUUUUGGGCAAGAGAGGAUGAAAGGAGGUUGUCUGGAGUCUGCAGUAUGGCUCCAGCACUCGUGGUGUUCUGCUGGCGCACUCUGGUCAGCAUCCAGCAGUAAUGCUUUGAGUUUAACUGGGGCUUCUAGAACUUCUCUGCGGUGAUGUUAAGCCUUCCUGGGCUUCUCUAAGAGAGUUCGGUGGUCUCCUCGGAGUUUGUCAGUCUGAUGCUAGCAGACCCAACUGGCCUUUUCUCCCCUGCAUCAGGGUCCUAUCUGCUGAAGCCUCGGGCUCACUCCCAGGCCACUGACAUGUCGCACUACUGAGUACUCUCAAGUCCGCUGCAGCCCCUCGUUUACACCAGCAGAGAACAGAGUGACAAGACGAACAUUCUAGCUAGCUGAGAUGCUUGAUGCUUAGUGCAGCAACCAAACCUUGCCUGAGCCAGUAGAGCCAGAAAUCAUCAUGGCCAUGGAGUCACCAUGUAUGUCACUGUUGUCUCCUGCGCCCUGUCCAGCUCUCUGCUGUCCCCCGCAGCCACCACAAGGGCUAGGCUGUUUAAUGAGCCCCACAGCUUCUAAGAAAUUCAGUGGCUUAUUUGUAGUGUGCUUGAUGUCCCAGGUGAAGAAGCAAAUGCCUACGACCUGAUCUGUUCCUUUACCCUGUGCCCUGUCUCUGGUUUAGGGGAGGGGGAACUUUCUAGCAAUUAUGGCUUUGUUUGCUGCCUGGUGCUUUUAUAGUCUGUCAUUUGUUCUCAUUUCCUUUUUUAAAGCCAAAAUUGCAUUGGUUUGGUUGUCCUUGUCUAGUGUAUAUUUAUUGUUUUACAAACAUGGGUAUAUAUGUAUGUAUAUGUAUAAAACCAAACUUAUAUAUAAAAAAAAGUCAAGGCAUGUAUACUAGAUAUUUUAAAGUUAUUUAUCAAAGGGAAAAGAUGUGUGUUAUAAAGUAAAAGAGUCUAUAUUUUAUAUAUAAUGUAGAUAGCAGAAAAUAGCUUAUAAAUUAUAGAAGGUUUUACUUUUUGUUUUCUAUUAUUAAACAAAAGAAAUUUAAAAGCUAAAGGCCACCGUGACUGCAGCUGUGCUUGGUGUUCUCAAGGCAAAGUGCUACAGAGCUGGAGGUGGCUUGCCCUCCCUGGGGACGUGCAGUUCCAGGCUCCUGAGUGAUGAUGCCCCACUGGUGCCUGUGUGAUGGAUGCUCUGGGCCAGGGUAGACAAGCUCAACCAGCUGGCUGGGCUGCUCCGACAUCGCUUCCAGCUGUCCACGAAUGGCUUUGAUGGGUUGAGCGUUGGUGGGAGAAAGGAUGAAAGGGGGAAAUAAAGUCUUCAAAGAAGAGGUGA